AUGAUGUCUGCAGGCCAAAGCGGAGAGGAUAACAACAGACUGACAAGUUCAUUAUCUACCCCGAAGAAUACAUUGAAAGUAGGGUGCUGGAUCGUCCGCACGAUGUAUCAGACUGGACGAACCGCCCAGGUAGUUAAUGAAAUGAAGAGGUAUAAUAUCGACAUACUAGGAAUAAGCGAGUGUAGAUGGACGAAGACAGGGAAGAUGAAGUUAACAUCAGGGGAGACAAUAUUGUACUCUAGAAGAAACGAUGGAAAUCAUAGGAAUGAUGUAGCAAUAAUACUGUCCAAAGAUGCAACAAAAUGCCUGGAUGAAUGGACCCCAAUAAAUGACCGUAUAAUAACUGCACGAUUCUGGUCAAAGUAUAUCAAAACAACAGUUAUACAAGUGUACUCACCAACAAACGAGGCGGACGCAGAUGACAAGAAUAUUUUCGUUGAACAACUCCAAGCGGUUAUGCAGAGAACAUCGAAACAUGACCUACUAGUCCUACUUGGAGACUGGAACACCAAGAUCGGAGCCAUGCAGUAUGGUGAGGAAGGGACAGUAGGAAGGCAUGGGGUAAUAUGUGAGAGAAACGACAAUGAUGAUAGAUUCGUAGAAAUAUGCGGCAUCAUCAACAUGGCCAUCACCACUACAAUGUUCCCACAUAAAGAGAUACACAAGCUGUCUUGGACAUCUCCAGAUGGAAGUUAUCAAAACCAGAUAGAUCAUGUAGCCAUCAACUCCAAGUUUAAAAGAUCAUUUGCAAGACGUUAG